AUGGAUCCUCAUGGGAAUCAUCAUCGGAGCAACGAGUGUGAGCUUGAUCACGAAUGCGAUCAGGAGAUUCAAGAGGCGAUUCAACAGGCCCCCCAGCAAGUGACCCAUCCUGAGAGUAAUGAAUAUGAGCUUGAUCAAGAAUCUGGUCAGGAGGUGGUCCAGCAGACAAACCAAGAGCAGGACAAUAGGAGUGAGUUGGUUCAUGGACUCGAUAAAACAGAGCCUCAGGGGAGCAGUGAGGACGAAGGCAGCCAUGGAUCAAUUGAGAUGAACAUUCAGGAGAUAAGCACAACUAGACACUAUCGCGGGUACACUUUGCCUUUCAACUUUAGAGCGCUUGAUUGGGAAUUUCGAUAUUUAAAAUGGAUAAGGAAACUUCUUUACAGGCGUAUCGUUACUGCCACUGUUGCUGUCAUUGACGACGCCGCAAUUGUCGAUUUGCCCAUCGAGGAGCUUUUUGCUUCUCGCACAAGCACUCUCCUUCCCGAAAAUUCUGGCCAACCUGAUGCAUGGCGUAUGCUCACUCGAGAAGAAGCCGGUGAUCCUUGCUUCUUCAUUCUCUAUUAUCCACAGUCCCAAAUUGGUACAGCAAUGCUUGACAGCAUUAGCCCAGAGUAUUAUGAACGUCUCGCUCGCUCGUCGCAAUCUACAGAAUCUCCGCAAGAAGAAAGCUCUACCCCACAAGCUCUCGUAAACUUCGAUAUUGAUAUUUUUAUUGUUUCCGAGGAAUCACUGAAGCGCCUAAUAUGGAUUAAACACCAGGACAAGAUACGAAAGCUCUGCGUGGUAGUACCCAAAGACAGCAGCAACCCCAAAGGCAACAGAAGCCGCCUGUCGCCUGUCGCCGUUGACUAUGAAAUGCCUGAAUCGACUAUCAGCCCUAGAUAA